AUGUCGGUGGUGAAGUCUAUUGAGCUGGUGAUACCAAAGGAGGUGUACGUGGCUGGCUCCACCGUGGUCGGGCAGCUGAUUCUCAGCCUUCACAGCACGCUGGUGGACCCUCUACUGAAGGUGGAACUGAUUGGGAGAGGCUACCUGGAGUGGACAGAGGAAGCCAACAUGGAGAAGGACUACAUCCAGCCUGGCAGCUGCGUGAACAAGGCGGACUAUGUUCACAAGACGAAAACCUUCAAGAUCGAACGGGGCUGGCUGGGCCCGGGUGUGCACACAUUCGACUUCGACUUUGUCUUACCUCCCAGUAUCCCAUCCACUUUCACCAGCCGAGUCGGGCGAAUUUCCUACUUCCUCCAAGCUCUUUGUGCUACAAGGGAGCUCAUCCUUGGCAAGCAGAAGAAGUAUAUCCUGGUUCAAGGGAUCUCCCUCCACAGACAGGACACGGUGGAGUCCAAGUACCCCUUGACGGUAGAAGUCCAGAAGGUUGUUUCUUACAACUGUUGUGUCAGGAGCGCCCCCAUCACCUUGCGCAUGUCGCUGAGCAAGAGCAUCUACAUGCCGGGCGACAACAUCAACUUCACGACAGACAUCACCAACCUGACAGGGAAGUCCAUCCGGAAGGUGGUCUUCACCCUCCACUCGGUGGUCCUGUACAAAGCUUUCAACUUCCGGGCCGAGAGACGGACGUUGGAGCAACACGAAGAAAUGAUGCGGCUGGAGUCGAACAUUGAAAGAGGGCCCUGUGAGUUCACCAAGAUUCACAGCACCCUCUGCUUACCCAAAGUGAUGCCAGUCACCAGCAGUCACAAAUCGGAUGACAUUAUGGAGAUUGGCUACGAGCUGAUGGGGAUUGUCCACUUCCCCUGGUGCCUCCACACCGUGAUGGCCAAGAUCCCCAUCGUCAUAAGAAACGAAGCCACAGACUUUCCACAAUAA